AUUAGGGCUGACAAUUUUUGACAUGAUACGAAAAUAUGAUACACUCUUACAGGAUGGAGGGAGUAUAAUGUUUCCCAAGUAAUUGGAGGAGCAAGAAUUUAGGUGAAUAUGCCGACCAAAAUCUGAAUUAAAAAAAAAUGAGAGGCGGAUUUAAUUAGUGAGGAGGAGAUUGAAUUAUAUAGGCCGGCAGUGAUCAGCUUUAAGCUAGUUGUGGAUUUGGUGAUUGACCUAACCUAUUUCUUCCUCUAGUAUUCCACUAUCGCCGGAAAAAUGGAAUCUCCAUUCAAGUCCGACGUUCUCAAAGGAAAGGUAGCUCUGCUCACCGGGGGCGGCUCCGGUAUCGGGUUUGAGAUCUCCACCCAGUUUGGGAAGCACGGAGCCUCCGUCGCCAUCAUGGGCCGCCGCAAGAAUGUCCUCGACGGCGCCGUUUCCACCCUCACCUCCCUCGGCAUCCCCGCAAUUGGAAUUCAAGGGGAUGUUCGGAAAGUGGAAGAUGCAAAACGAGUGGUGGAGGAAACGGUGAGGCAUUUCGGGAAGCUUGACAUUCUGGUGAAUGCUGCAGCCGGAAAUUUCCUAGUUGCAGCUGAAGAUCUCUCUCCCAAUGGCUUCAAAACAGUUAUGGACAUUGAUACUGUUGGGACAUUCACUAUGUCUCACGAAGCACUCAAGUAUCUGAAGAAAGACACCUCAUCAUCAUCAUCAUCAUCAUCAUCUAGUGGAGGCCUUAUUUUGAACAUCAGCGCCACUCUGCACUACACGGCUGCUUGGUAUCAGAUCCAUGUCUCUGCAGCCAAGGCUGCUAUUGAUGCAAUGACAAGAAAUUUGGCACUCGAAUGGGGCACCGAUUAUGAUAUACGAGUUAACGGCAUUGCACCCGGUCCUAUAGGAGAUACGGCCGGCAUGAGUAAACUUCUGCCUGAUGAAAUCGGUAACAAAACCAGGGAAUAUAUGCCUCUCUACAAACUUGGAGAGAAAUGGGAUAUUGCCAUGGCUGCUGUGUACCUUGCCUCUGAUGCUGGUAAAUACAUCAACGGGAGCAUCCUGCCUGUUGAUGGAGGAUUGUGGUUGAGCCAUCCUCGUCAUCUGGCUAAGGAAGCUGUGAAGAAGAUCUCUCGAUCUGUAGAGAAAAGAUCUCGUGCUGCCCCAGCCGGCCUUCCCACCAGCAAACUGUAGCCGAUUGCAUAAGCCGUGGCGUGGGCUUAAUUAGUGUGCCUAUAGUUGAAACACCAUUUGUCGAAUUCUGCGUGUAACAUUAAAAAUAAGAAGGAAAUAACCUCAUCUCCUUCCUAGUAAAUUAAAAGGAUUACGUGAUCGUCUUCUGCUUGGUGUUUCGAAA